CCGGGCUUAGGCACGGCCGGGCGGGCUGAGGGACGCGGGCGCCGCCAUGAACGCGGUUGUGGUGAGGCGGACGCAGGAGGCGCUGGGGAAGGUGAUUCGGAAGCCGCCGCUGACGGAGAAGCUGCUGAGCAAGCCCCCGUUCCGCUACCUGCACGACAUCAUCACGGAGGUGAUUAGAAUGACUGGUUUCAUGAAGGGCCUCUACACAGAUGCCGAGAUGAAGUCUGAUAAUGUUAAGGAUAAAGAUGCAAAAAUUAGCUUCCUACAGAAGGCCAUAGAUGUGGUGAUAAUGGUUUCAGGAGAGCCCUUGUCGGCAAAACCAGCCCGAAUUGUGGCCGGACAUGAGCCUGAAAGAACAAAUGAGCUGCUGCAGAUCAUUGGAAAAUGCUGUCUCAACAAGCUCUCCAGUGAUGAUGCAGUGAAGAAAGUUUUAGCUGGAGAGAAGGGGGAUGUGAAAGGAAGGGCCUCACUGACCUUGAAGUCUCAAGAACUGGAUAAUAAGAAUGCUAGAGAAGAAGAGUCCAGAAUUUGUAAAGAUAAAGAGGAUAGAAGAAACUCUGAAAUAAAAGAGAGAAGUACAAGCAGAGAUCAAAAACAUAAAGAAGAAUUGAAAGAAGAAAGCAAACCCAAAGAAAAGGAAAGGGACAAGGAGAAGAGCAGGGAGAAUGACAGAGACAGACAUAAAGAUCCAGAGAGAGACAAAUAUAGAGAAGGAGAAAGAGAAAAAACCAAAAACAGGGCCAAGCAAGAGCGAGAGAGGGACAAAGACAGAGGCAACAGAGAGCGGGACAAAGAUGCAGACCGUGAGAAGGAGCGAGAGAGGAGGAGCGAGGGAGGAAAAGAAAAAGAAAGGUUGAGAGACAGGGACAGAGAGCGCGAUCGAGACAAAGCGAGGGACAGGGACAGACGGAGAGUGAAGAACGGAGAGCACUCCAGGGACCCUGAUAGGGAAAAGAGCAGAGAGCAUGAUAAACUAGAGAAAAAGUCAGCAAACUCAGGGGAGAUAUCUAAGAAGUUGUUGGAAGGAUCUUUGAAAGACUCCAAAGCUGAAACAGAGGCUGAGAUUUCUGCUAGAGCAUCCAGGUCAUUGAUGACAAAAACAUCAAAAUGGCGAUCCAAAAAUUCAGUGGAAGGAACAAAAGAAGCUAAUACUUACUCAACCAGUAUUUCACAUGAUAAUUCCACUAGUCUAUGGCGUGAGAAUACUGAGCCAUACCCAGCAGCGAAGCAGAAAGGUGACUCCACCAGCGAUGCAGAAGGAGAAGUUGGACCUGCUGGCCAAGAUAAGUCUGAGGUGUCAGAGAAUUCAGAAAUCCCUAAUGAGCUUUCAUCCAGUCUCAGAAGAAUACCUAGGCCUGGGAGUGCAAGACCAGCGCCUCUCCGGGUCAAACGGCAAGAGAGCGUGGAAGCGUUGACAGCGGACAGGGCAGGGAGUGGUAAAACCGUCUCAAAUGUGAUUGUAGAGUCACAGAAUUCUGACAAUGACGAGGAUGAUCAGUUUGUGGUGGAAGCUGCCCCUCAGCUCUCUGAAAUGUCAGAAAUUGAAAUGGUACCAGCUGUGGACUUAGAAGAGGAAGAGAAGCAUGGCGGACUUGUGAAAAAGAUCUUGGAGACUAAGAAAGAUUAUGAGAAAUUGCAGCAGUCAUCCAAACCCGGAGAGAAGGAGAAAUCGCUGGUCUUUGAGUCAGCAUGGAAGAAGGAGAAGGACGUUGUUUCCAAGGAGAUAGAAAAACUGCGCGUGUCCAUCCAGACCCUGUGCAAAAGUGCGCUUCCCCUGGGGAAGAUCAUGGACUACAUCCAGGAGGAUGUGGAUGCCAUGCAGAAUGAGCUGCAACUGUGGCACAGCGAGAACAAGGAGCAUGCUGAAGCCCUGCGGAAGGAGCGGAGUAUCACGGACUGUGCUGUGGAACCCUUAAAGGCUGAGCUGGCUGAGCUGGAGCAGCUGAUUAGAGACCAGCAAGACAAGAUCUGUGCCGUGAAGGCCAAAAUCCUGAAGAAUGAAGAAAAAAUUCAGAAAAUGGUGUGUGGUAUCAACUUGACUUCGAGAAGGUGAACACGCAAAAGUUUCAAAGAUGAGAAGUCACCAUCAGUUUAAAAAUAAAAAGGAAGGUAGAAAAUCAUUACUCCUUAAAUUUCAGUUUGAAAAAAUGAACAGUUUACAAUGUUAUUAUCCAACUAAUUUUCAGAGCUUUAAAACUUUAGGCAUAUUAAAUAUAUAAAAAGACCAUGUUUUCUUACCUCCCUCCAGCUGGAAUCCUUGCUAGUUAUAAAUAGAUCUUCAAAAUGCCUUUGUGAGUUUUUUUUGCAAGCCUGUUCCUUGUGUUUCUGCUGUGGCCUGUUAAGUUCUGCACCAGAAUCCCUGGCAGGUAAGUGGUGUCAGCAUACCAAGGAAACAGUAGUCCUUUAUUUUAGUUUUCAAGUCUAGUGAAAGGACUUCCAUUGGUUAGCACUGAGUGAAGAAUAACUAUGUGCUUUUUGAUAGGCACUUUAUACGUAGAAUGAGGCCAGAAAAUGAAUGAGCUAUGUUUUUAGUUAAUUUCCAUUUGAAAAGGGUUUAAUUUCAGCCUGUGUCCUUGUAAGGUUCAUGUUGACUUUUUGUUAUUGUUUUUGCUUCCUUUUAAUUGCAUAUACUUCUUUAUGUAAUUUUCUGAUUGGUCCUGGUCCCUGUUAUGUUUUGCUUGUUUUUCUAGCCCUUAAAGUUCAUAAAUCUAAAAAAGGAGAUUUCAGCAUGGCCUUUAUGGACAUUACCUGGACAUGGAAUUGUCAUAGGCUACGUCUUGUUUCUUCAACAUUUGGCUCCUGCGUUUUUCCCACAUAGAGUCAAGUGUAAGCUUCUCUGGAGUCCUUGUUCUCUUUAAGAGGGUCUUGCUCUACGAGGCUCUGGUGUCAUUCCUUUCUUGCAUAGGUAUAUGCACCUAAGUACCUGAGAGACAGGUAGCUUAGGAAAAACCACCAUAAGGAAGACUUAAAAGAAUGUACUGAUUUACAACAUUUUUUUAUGUUAACCAUUUUUUGGAAAUUAGUUUUUAAAGCAAAGGUUUUUUUAAAAAAACAUGAUUUAUAUUUAGUUUUUCACAUAUAUAUAUAAAUAUUGUGAAUACUUUAAUUAAAGUCUUAAGUUAUUAUAUAAAGGAUUUCACUGUUUGGAGACAUAGGUCUUGAGGUCUGGGUCCUGAUACUUUUAUUUCUAGAUUCUCUAUUUAUGUAAACUAAGCAGUGCCAUUUUAAGUGUGAGAAUUGCCUCAGAAGGUUUUGUUUCUUUAAGGAUUAGCACAAAUGGCACAAUUUGGUUUUUGUUAGUGUGAUUUCCAAAAUAAAUCGUUUAUUAAGGCAGUUGUAUGAUUUUCUAAGCUAGUAAGUUUAGGAGCAGAUUAUUAAGAUCUGCCAUUCUGAAACAUUGGUCUUUUUCUCCUUUCUGUAGUGCACCAUAAAAUUUUGUUUGAUCAGAUUAUACUAAAUAUAUUUUUGGGAGCGGGGAGAGGGGUAUUAGUUACCGAGUCCUUCAUGUAUUUAUAAUCUCUUUUCUACUGAAUCGAAUGACUUGGCCAUAACCCUAAGUGGACCCUGUUUUGCUUCAGGUUAAGAUGUCUGCCUUUUAUGAAUUUGUACAUAUGAACAGAAUUUCGUGUUGCAAAAAAUUGAAUACGUUGUAUGUGAGUAAAAUUUUGUAUGAAG